AUGCUACGGCGCAUGGCCAAGCCGGGCUCGCACCUGGUGCGUUCUCUGUCUCUGAGCGCGCUAUCCGUUGGGGCCGUAUCUGUAGGCGUGGGUGCCGUGGCGUUGUACGUGGACGCGCCCGUUGCGGAUCUGGGGGACGGCCAGUAUGAUGGUGGGCGACGCUCUGCGGUCUUCCCCGAGUGGCUGCACGACAUAGGGCGCGUGCCCCUUUUCGGCGCUGCGACGCUGGCCUCUAAGUUCUACCUAAAGAUACUGAAUCGGACGACUGUGGAGGGCGCAGAGCUUCUGAUCCAGCAGCUGGAGCAGCGGCCCAAGGGCACGGCUGUCAUUACGGUGUCCAACCACUCGGCUACAGUGGACGAUCCUGCAGUAUUCGCUAAUAUGAUGCCGUGGAAGUACAUGUGGCCGCGGAUCGGACGGUGGAGCUUAGCCAGCCAGGAAUACUGUUACACGAAGGGAAAGCUGUUAUCAACGAUAUUUUUUGGUGCCAAGACGCUACCGGUGAAGCGCGGGGCUGGUGUAGAUCAUCAAAUGAUUCAAGCUAUCUUCGACAAGGUGGAGGAGGGCGCGUGGGUCCACAUAUUCCCCGAGGGCAAAAUCGUGCAGCACGAAGCGCUCGGUGGCCGACCAAGUCCGCGUCGAGAGGAGAUCGGACGACUGAAAUGGGGAGUGGGUAAACUUAUCGCUCGCGCGACCACACCUCCGAUCGUGGUGCCCGUGUAUCAUUACAACAUGGAGAAGCUCAUGCCUCAGGAUGAGAACAACCGUCUGAUCAGCCUCAUCCCCAAGACGAAUCUCGACCUGGGUGUUAUUGUGGGCGAACCACUGUCCUUCGACGACCUGUUCGAGCGGUACGCAGACGACCGCAUGGUCGGUGGAUCUCCGUGGGAGACGCAGGAACGUGAGAAGGCACUGUACUCGGCCAUCACGCGAAGAAUAGAGGACGCGCUGCUAGCCCUCGAGAAGAAGACACAUCACCUGCAGCAAUAG